AUGAGUAAAGUCUUAGAGCUGUUGGCUCACCCUGAUGAGCUAAAAGCUGCAUUGAUCCUGAAAUAUAUCCGUAAGCCACUUAACUCUGCUACAGAUACUACCAAAACACCAGAAUUAAGAAGAUGUUAUGAACUAUUAACCCUGACCUCCCGUUCAUUCGCUGCUGUUAUCAUGGAACUACACCCGGAGCUGCGUAACGUCGUCAUGUUGUUCUACCUUGUUCUGCGUGCUCUGGACACUGUCGAGGACGAUAUGACUUUGGAUCCAAAACUAAAAGUGAAAUUGUUACGCGAAUUUGACUCUAAACUAGACACUUUGGACUGGUCCUUCGAUGGCAAUGGACCCAACGAGAAAGAUCGUGCAGUGCUUGUCGAGUUCCCUUGUAUCUUGAAAGAGUACCAUGCUUUGAAACCAGCAUACCAAAACAUCAUCAAGGAAAUCACCCACAAGAUGGGCAACGGUAUGGCCGAUUACAUUCUCGAUGACAAUUUCAAUUUGAACGGUGUGCAAACCGUCAAGGACUAUGAUCUCUACUGCCACUACGUCGCCGGUCUCGUCGGAGACGGACUAACCCAAAUGAUUGUCCACGCCCAGUUCGGUACCAAGGACUUGUACCAGGGCAACGAACAACUCUACGAAAGUAUGGGUCUCUUUUUACAAAAGACCAACAUCAUCCGUGACUACGCGGAAGAUCUCGAGGACAAAAGAUCUUUUUGGCCCCGUGAAAUCUGGUCCCAAUACGCAAAGUCCCUACCGGACCUUGCCAAACCCGACCAAACCGUUAAGGGCUUACAAUGUAUCAAUGCCUUAGUACUAAACGCCCUAUCCCACGUGACCGAUGUCCUCACUUACCUAAGCUCAGUCCACGAGCAAUCAAGCUUUCAGUUCUGCGCAAUCCCACAGGUAAUGGCAAUUGCUACACUCGAUCUAGUGUGCAACAAUCCAGAGGUUCUGCAUCGAAACGUUAAAAUCCGCAAGGGCUCCACGUGUCGGCUGAUCCUAGAAUCUCGGACAUUGCGUGGCUGCGUAGCGAUCUUCCAAAGACACCUUCGUGCAAUCAAACGUCAAAUACCCGUUCAGGACCCCAACUAUCUUAAGAUUAACAUCCAAGUUGCCAAGAUAGAACAAUUUAUUGAAGAAAUGUACCAGGAACAAUUGCCACAAAACGUGCUUCCACAGGAGACUGCCGUGUACAGAAGAACACAAGAAAGAACCCGCUGCGACGACCUCGUGGCCGCCAAGAUCCAAGAAGAACAAACUACAUUUAUGCUUACAUGCACUGCUUUGUGCGCCUUAGCAGCGGCACUUAUCGUGUAUAACAAGUACUAG